AUGACGACUGUUAGCCUGCGGGUAGUGGAAAGCUGUUGGAAAGGCUACCGGAGGGCAAGACGUGAUCAGAGAAUCCUAUUAGAGAUAUUACUUCAUCCGAUCUAUGAAGAUGGAUCCAAGGAGAUAAAAGACCAGGAGGAAGUUAGUAUGGUGGUCUACGAGUGUGGUAAGGAGCGUGGUAAGGAGCGUGGUAAGGACUGUGGUAAGGAGUGUGGUAAGGAGUGUGGUAAGGACUGUGGUAAGGAGCGUGGUAAGGAGCGUGGUAAGGAGCGUGAUAAGGAGCGUGGUAAGGAGCGUGGUAAGGAGCGUGGUAAGGAGCGUAGUAAGGAGCGUGGUAAGGACUGUGGUAAGGAGCAUGGUAAGGAGCGUGGUAAGGAGCGUGGUAAGGAGCGUGGUAAGGAGCGUGGUAAGGACUGUGGUAAGGAGUGUGGUAAGGAGUGUGGUAAGGAGCGUGGUAAGGAGCGUGGUAAGGAGCGUGGUAAGGAGCGUGGUAAGGAGCGUGGUAAGGAGCGUGGUAAGGACUGUGGUAAGGAGCGUGGUAAGGAGCGUGGUAAGGAGCGUGGUAAGGAGUGUGGUAAGGAGCGUGGUAAGGAGCGUGGUAAGGACUGUGGUAAGGAGUGUGGUAAGGAGUGUGGACAACAGGAACAAGGAAAACAAGGACAAUGA